CCAAAGCGGAAGUCAAACCAUGAAUGUCAAACUGGCGCAUGCUGAACUGUUACAUUAGUGAGAAUAAAAUGUCACAGUACGGAUUAUUUAGAACAAUAUUUCUUGCACAUUGCUUGAGAAAUGGGAGCUCAACAACGCUCUGUCAAACAAGCCUUUCAAAUAGAGUACAAACAUGCGGAUAUGCCAAGAAAGUUGACCCUGUCCGGCUCACUACUUAUGCAGUUGGAGCUAAUAUUUUCAAGCAAGGAGAAGACCCCAAAUUAAAGGAACCUGAGGAAUAUCCUGAAUGGUUAUUUCAGCUGAACCUGGGGAUGCCCAAAAAACUGAACGAGCUGGAGGCUGACACCUGGGAAUACUGGAAACGCCUGAGGAAGGAAAAUAUUUGGCGCCAUAACAAACUGCACAAAGGGAAGAAGUUUUAGUUCCUGGACGUGCAGGACUCUUUUUCAACAGUGGCUUCCCACAGACUUUGUCAAUAGAUCAUUACUUUAUUGUGUAUGUCCAGCUCUUCUUUUCUAAUAAUAUCUUAUACAUACUGCAUAAUCAGAUUGAAGACCCGGAGAUGGCUGUGUUAAUGAUUGGCUUUGGAUCAAUAAAAAAACGUUUUUGACCCAUUCACUUGA